AUGCAAAUGCAACAACAAGAAUCCCCCAGCAACCGUAACGAAUCGUCCUCAGCACCAACGACAGCGCCCGCCAUUGUCCCUUUGUCACCUUGUUGUACUCCUACAAGUUCGCAUUCGGAAAGCACCCGUUGGUCCGAAACACUCAACCCUGAUAGCCAGCCACAGUCGUCGUCAAUAGACGAAUGGGUCGCAUUCUCAUCGCCUACCAAUGACAAUUGCUACCUUUCGGCAAGGCCAGAGCAUAUAAGAGCACAUGGUUUCGACGUCCCAGGAGCGGUUCAAAGCAUUGUAACACCAAAAACUAGUAGAGAGCCGCAUUCAGAUAGCAAAUUGGUCAUCAUCAUGGUGGGUCUUCCUGCUCGAGGCAAGAGUUACAUUGUGAAAAAGCUACGGCGAUACCUGAAUUGGCUUCAAUAUGAGACUAAGGUGUUCAAUGUGGGUGAUCUUCGCCGUGUGAACCAAGAAUCUCAGCAGCAUGAACAAUCGGCAGGCUUCUUCGAUCCCGGGAAUGAGGAGGCUAAACGGAUUCGAGAUAAUUUGGCACUUGAGGUUCUGGAUCACUUAAUCAACUGGUUAAGCGAAGGUGGUCGUGUCGCUAUUCAUGAUGCUACCAAUUCCACAAUUGAACGAAGGUUCCUGUUAUUGAAUCGAUUACAAGAAUACCCGCAAAUCAAAGUCCUGCUAUUAGAAUCUUUAUGCACGGAUAAAAAGAUCUUGGAAAGGAACUUUCGCCUGAAAUUAUUGGGUCCUGAUUAUCGAGACAAGCCAGCUGCUGAGGCAUUGGCCGAUUUCAAGUCACGUGUCAGCAACUAUGAAAGAGCAUACCAGCCUGUUGGUGAAUGGGAGGAAAAGCACGACAUUCAAUACUGCAAGCUGAUGAACGUGGGGAAGAAAGUGGUCGCUUACAACAUAUCAGGAUACUUGUCGGGUCAAUGCGUCUUUUACCUUAUGAAUUUUAACCUGGCAGACCGUCAAAUCUUUUUGACACGACAUGGACAAAGCGAAGACAACGUUGUUGGACGCAUUGGUGGUGACGCUCCCCUCUCGCCACGAGGUAGAAAGUAUUCCAAAGCACUGGCUAGAUUUAUCAAAGAGCAACGAAUUGCUUUUGCACUUGACUCGGUCAAACAGCAAGAAGAACAAGAAGAGUACUGGGCAUCAAACGGGUUAGAGCCAUUGGAUGAUGAACCUCCUUUAUUCAGGAAAAAGACAAUUUCCAACCAGCAGCAGUUUACAGUUUGGACAAGUAUGCUGAAACGUGCUAUGCAGACAGCGACGUGGUUCGAUCCUGACGAGUACGAUAUCAAGCAUAUUCGUUUCUUGAAUGAAAUCAAUGCAGCGGUUUGUGAAGGAAUGACCUAUGACGAGAUUCAAGAAAAAUACCCAGGAGAAUUUUCUGCCAGACGCGCCAACAAACUCUAUUACCGUUACCCAGGCAUUGGUGGAGAAUCAUACCUUGACGUCAUUCAUCGAACACAGUCCAUGAUUAUCGAGUUGGAACGCAUGAGCGAAUCUUGUUUGAUCAUUACACAUCGGGUCGUUAUGCGUAUUUUAAUGGGAUACCUACUUGAUAGAUCAAGGGAACAGAUGCCACAUAUGGAUAUACCUAUGCAUACCCUAUUUGAGAUUCGUCCUAAACCAUAUGGCAACGAACUACGAGUAUGGAAAUACAAUGAGGAACAAGAUGUAUUUGAAGAAAGAACCAGUCAUUUCAAGGAGAAAUAA